UGUGACGGUAUAUUUGCAAGUCAGCAAUACCAGAUUGCGUUUGUUCCUUGUUUUUUACACCAGAUGAAUAGAGAUCGGGGGGUGACGGACGCAAAGGACGGGAAGCACACUAUAUGUAUCGCGUAUCGCAUUAUCCGUUCGGUACUCGUAGGAAAAGGUUGAUUCGUUGAUCCAUUCAAAAUUCAUUCAAGAGACGAGGAGAAAAUAAUGGAGAAUCCCUUCACCACUGGCAUCACGUUUAGCCAAGAAACGGAGAAUUUGAAUCGUUUCAUGUUCGGAUGGCUUGACUACACGCUCUUCAGUCUGCUACUGCUCGUCAGCGUUCUUAUCGGCGUGUACUUUGGCUUCUUCAGCAAGCAAGACAGUACAACGGAAUAUUUUCUGGGUGGUAAACGGAUGGGAUGCUUUCCUGUCGCAAUGAGCAUCAUCGCUAGCCACAUCUCGGGUAUCAGCUUGCUGGGCAUCCCCACGGAAGUUUUUCAUCACGGAACUCAGUAUGCCGCGUGCAUCUUCACUGCAAUUUUCACUGCCGUGAUCACCUCUUACAUUUUCCUACCGGUGUUCUACAAGUUGCAACUAAACAGUACUUUUGAAUAUCUGGAGGUGCGGUUCACCAGGCCAGUCAGAAUCCUUUCUUCAGUGCUGUUCACUGUCUCGCUCUUCACGUACUUGCCUAUUGUCGUUUACGUACCUGCCCUCGCCUUCGCCCAAGUCAGCAAUUUCAGCGUUCACGCAAUAACGCCGAUACUCUGUAUCGUGUGCAUCAUUUAUACUAGCAUUGGCGGUCUGAAGGCAGUGGUGUGGUCGGACACUAUACAAUUUUCCGUAACCGUCGGAGGACUCUUUUCAGUUCUUGUACUGGGGAUAAUGUCUGUUGGUAGCGUUGGAGAAGUGUGGAGGAUUUCCGGCGAAGGCGGUCGUCUCAUUUUCUUUGACAUGGAUCCGAGUCCGUUCGCGAGAAAUACUUUUUGGGGUAUGACUAUAGGUAUGACGAUAAUAUGGCUCGGACAUCUCGGCAUUCAUCCAGGUACGGUGCAGCGAUUUCUGUCAGUGCCCAGAGAGAUUGACGCUAAACACGGACUGGCGAUUACGGCGGUAGGAAUGAUAAUUGUCAAACUGAUCUGCGUGUUCACUGGAUUAAUCAUGUUCGCGAAAUAUCAUGAUUGCGAUCCUUUCCUGACCAAAUCGAUAAGUCGCACCGAUCAAACUCUACCGUACUAUGUAAUGGACGUCGCUGGGCAUCUGCCAGGACUUCCGGGAUUAUUCCUAGCUGGUCUGGUGAGCGCUGCACUCGCGACUAUGAGCGCCAGUUUGAACACCGUGUCCGGUACCAUUUAUGAAGAUUUUAUAAAACCGUGGAUCCCGGAUAGCCCCAAGAAGGAAGCCAUAGCCGCCAACAUUAUGAAGGGCAUCGUUGGAAUAGCCGGGGCGAUUUCAGUUGGUCUGGUAUUUCUGGUCGAACAGCUAGGACCAGUCUUCCAAAUAGCUGUAAGUACGCGUGGUAUCACCGACGGACCCUCGUUGGGCCUGUUCACGUUAGGAAUGCUAGUACCCUGGGCAAACGCGAAAGGCGCGUUAUUCGGCGGCUGCGUUGGUCUUGUCAGCAUGCUUUGGCUGGUAGGAGGCACUCAAUGGUACACCAUGCAUGACAGAAUUAAAUAUGAUUCGUUACCCACGUCGGUGGCUGGUUGCCCGUAUCCGUUAAAUCAGACUUUUUCAACCACGAUAAGGCCUACUUCGAUGAACUCUGGCGAGGAACCUAUGAUACUCUUUCAAAUAUCCUUCAUAUAUUAUAUCUUGAUAGGAGCGGGAAUUGUUGUCAUCGUCGGCACUAUCGCAAGUUACUUCUUCGGCAUAGAUCUCGAGGGCGUAGAUCCCGAUCAUAUUACACCGAUAAUGAAAAGGUUUCUUCCUUCUCGAAAAUAUGCCGAAGUCUCGUUAAGGGAAAUACCACCAUCGCUCGACAUUACGCUGGAAAAAACCUGCAAGUGAUCACGAUCGCAGUUUUGUGAUUAUUUAUAUUCUAGAAGAAUUUCCAUCAGUCAUACAUGUAUAUCACCAAUGA